GGCUGAAGUAAAACAAAAUCUGUGUCCUUCACACAAGCGGCCAUUUUCUUGGUGUUCGUUAACAUGCCUUGGUAAAGAGGUUUAAUGUUAUUUCCCACCAAUAAGUGCUCGUUUCUCCAUGGCUUCUCCUGGUGAAGAUGAACAGUUUACCGAAGAAAGUACAAGUUCAUUUCAGUUUGGUCACAAUGAAAGGUCUUCUAAAAGUGAUGAACAAAAAUGCAUUUUCGAACUUGAAAGAGCAAUCGAGGCUAAAACGAAGGAGAAGAAUAGUCUACGGGAAAAGUUGCGUUCAAUCCUUCGACUGUCUGAACGUUUGGAUGCUUUACUACCGUUGAAAUUGGAGUCUAAAGAGAGGGAACUACGUCAUUUUCUGCUCCCUUCAGUGCCUCGUUCGAAUGCGUGUGACGUUGAUGCUAACAAAAGCCAGACCACUUCAGGCGGCUGUACAAUUAGUUCCAAUGUUCGCCCCGUUCCAUCCUUGGUUAGUGGGUUAACCAAGUCUGUAGAUAGUUUAUUGGGUCCUGCAAAUGCAGUGGCCCGUGCUACUAGUUCAAAAGGCGGGGCUCUUCUACCUACUCCUUAUCCUAAUCCUUCUCAGGCUAGUGGUAAAUCUGUUACCCAUAAUCGUGGUAUGCUACCGUCAGGAAUUCAUUCACAAUCCACCAAGGCUUCUGUAGACAAUGGACCAUAUAUUAAAGAUGUUCCAAAUUAUGCAGAUGUAUUAAUUGAUUCUUCUGUUAACUUGAUACUAUCUCGUUUACGCCGGACACAGUGUAAUUUUGAUAAACUUGUUGCAGCUAAUCAAUCGGAACUGCAGUCAUUUACUUUUACUCAAAACAGUCAAAAUGGAAAAAGAAUGAUGAUGCGUAUUCGUGUUCUCGAACAUGAAAAUGAAGAACUAGCAAAUGUCAAUCGUACUGGUCGAACUGCUCGGUUAGAAUCGGAAAUUUCUUUACGACGUGCAUUCGUAAAUGACUUGAAAAAUGCUCAUUCAGAUAUGGAGUAUUUAGUGGAGGAGGCUGAGACUGAAACUGAAAUGCUUGGUAGUUCUUUAAUGAUGCUGCAACAAAGACUACAACUAACUCAAAGCACUGCAGAACUCUUGGCUUCCGAACUACAAAAACUGGAACCAGUGAUUUGUGCUGGGAUGAUGAAUUCCGAUGGUGAUACUGAUGCUAAGAACGUGUUGUUACAUGAGGAAACAAAGUUGGAAGACGUUACUUGUGUGUCUCCUGGACGACUACAAAAUUCUCUGAACGAUAGUCUAUACGAUGAGGAGCUUAUUUUGGAUCCAGGUAUUGAAAUUAGCCGACAGUCUUCGGAAUCUCCCAAAUCCUAUACUGAUAUACCAGUCGAUAGCGACGUCAAUUCUCGGGUGACAGAAACUAAAUAUGAUAAAAAGUCAUGUAUUUAUGCCCGAGUUCUCCCCAAACCUGAAAAUAAUAUUUCUGAUGACGAAAAUGUCGGUAAAUCGAAACGUAGACGUGUCUCAGGUAGUUGUGGAGAUUCAUCAAAUGAAAAAUGCACAAGUCAUUUAGACUCUUUAUCAUUUUUGCCUGCUCCAUUGUCUAGGAAUACAGUAUCUACUUCCGCCAGUGAUCGGACUAAAUCGCGUCCUGUAAUCCCUGUACGCGGUCCACAACGGACGUUUCAUUCAAACCGUGAGCAUACUGCUCAAGUUACUCAAAUAAAAUCCAUUUCAUCAACAACAGCAUCACCAUUAGAUGAAUCUAUUUCUAGUAAACUUUUAAAACUUUCUAAAUUUAAUAGUCAGUUAACUGUUGAUUCCUCCAUGAAAUCCCCAUGUAUAAAGUCUUUCACAUCUAAUCAUCCUAAUGUUAUUGAUGGCUCGUCUUCAUGAAAUCCCUUUCCUAUCCAUUUAUUUGUUCAAAAUCUCUUACCUGUCUCUUUCUUUUGCGUGUUGGAUGUUAUUUUUAUCGUGUUUGUUUCUUCCUAUAUGGAGUAGUUUGUGUGUGUGUGUAUUCAAAUAAAAAUUAUUCUUGAUUGUUUGAUUUGCUGAUGAUGCUUGUCUUGAUUUCCGAUAGGUGGCUCGCUUGUGUUUGUUCCUAAUUUGUUGGGCUUUUGUUUCUUUCUUCACGCUCAUAGAUAAUUGUAUUCUCGUUCAAUCUCUUUUUUUAUAAACGAACUACUGUUUCUUAAAUGAUAAAUCGAAUAACACUGAUAAUCAAUUAAACCCCACUUGUGUUUCCCUUCUGCGUUUGCACUCUAUAUAUACAUAUAUAAAAGAAAUUGAAUGUACUUAAUAUAUGCUCCUGUCAAUUUUUAAGUAGUGCGCGUAUUAAUAAUUAAAAAAAAUAAUUAUCUUUACAAAAUAAACUAGCUAUACAUUAUUUUGAACUAAAAGAAAGACUAGUUAAGUUUUCUCAUUCUUUGCUAUGAUUAGUCUCAAGGUGUUAUCAAUCCUUUUGAUUUAGAUACUCAAUACAUUGAAUAUUAUGUCGGUUUGAUUUCAUAUAGGUGACAUUAUUGUUGAUAUUAUUCAUUAUUAUUAUUAUUGCUAUAUAUAAUGAUGAUGAUGAUCGUGAUGUGAAUGAAGUUAGCGAUCAGUUGCAUUUAUUAUCUAUCAAAAGAAUCACUUGAACAUGUAUACAUAUAUCUUUCUGUCUGUAUUCAGAUAGACAAGGUAUCUAAUCUAAUGAGAAAACAGUGAGAAUUUUACUAUUCACAUAUUAUUAAUGUAUAUAUUUGUCAAAACAAUAUACAUUUUAAAAAUGCAUAAUAAUAUCACGAAUUAUUAACACAGAUAUUGAUAUGUGCAAAUCUAAGUCAUCUCAUUUAUUCAUUACCAACAGCAGUGCUUUCACCCUCGUACACAUGAAUAGUGUGGCGUUUAUGUAUCGAAGCAAGUUACUGUUCAUGUGUAUUGCAAUUUUAUCGUUUCAGGUAUUCCUUUUUUUUCUAAACUGCCAAUUAUAUGAGUAUCUUUUUUACUCUAUUUUUCUAAUUUGGAUAUUUUUAGAUUUAAUUUUGAAAAAUUAUUUUUAUACAUAAACCUACUUCAUUAUUUCUGUUAACGUUCUUUAUUGUUGGAAAGUUCUCUUUCUCAGAUUUCAUACUACCUACAGACCUCUGUGUGUGUGUGUGAACUGACCGGAAGAAACUUUCAGUUUGUGAUAGGAAGCAAUUAACACUGUAUAAAAAAUUAUAUGGUGAUAACAUUAUCAACGCUAAAACUUAG